AUGGGACGAUGGGAAAUUAUCACGCAAGCUUCUGGAAUUACGGAUCCGAUGAGAAUAAAUAUAUUAAGCACAAUUAGUACUUCGAUUGACACGCACGGAUCAUCAAAUAUAUUUGAAGUCGCUGAUGAUACUCAGAAAUGGCUCGAACAUACUUAUGGAAAAGAAUGGACGGUUAUUAUUUAUGAAAGUGGACGAGGUCAAUCUGCUGUCAAUUAUUUUGACAAGAAGUUUUUGCGGGUAAAAGAAACUAGCUUGGGUUGGUCCAUAUCACUUUUUCAACAAACUCGAUAA